AUGGCGGAUCGUAAUGGUGGGGAACGUCGUCCUUUUGAUCCAAAAGAACACGGCCUAAGCGAUGACUUCCACUUGAUUAAUUUUACUGAACUCAAAGGAUGAGGUUGUAAAGUCCCUCAAGAGCAACUGCUCAAGCUCUUGGAGGGAUUAGGGGUAGAACACGGCGAUGGCAAGAUUGGAAUUGGUCUAGAUAGUUGUGUCCUUCCAACAAGACAUCCUGGAAUUAGCUUGGUCCAGACCACAGAUUUCUUUUAUCCUUUAGUUGAUGAUCCCUAUAUUCAAGGCAAGAUAGCCUGUGCGAAUGUACUCAGUGAUUUAUAUGCAAUGGGGGUUUCAUUCUGCGAUAAUAUGUUGAUGCUGUUGGGUGUCAGUAAUCAGAUGACGUUAAAAGAGAGAGAAGUUGUCACCCCCCUGAUUAUUAAAGGGUUCAAUGACUUAGCAGCUGAGGCAGGAACUACCGUCAAUGGUGGACAGACUGUCUUGAAUCCAUGGUAUAUUAUUGGUGGUGUCGCUAGUGCUGUGGUUAAAGAAGAAGAAAUAAUCAUGCCUGGUAAAGCUGUUGUUGGAGACGUUCUUGUUCUUACUAAACCACUUGGUACCCAGAUAGCUGUCAAUGCUCAUCAGUGGAUGGAUACUCCAACAUGCAAAUGGUGGCAGAAUAUCAAAGAUGUCAUAUCCAAGGAAGAAGUAAAAACAGGAUAUGACAAAUCUAUGGAAUCAAUGGCCAGAUUAAACAAAAAUGCAGCUCUCCUCAUGCACAAAUAUGAGGCUCAUGGAGCAACUGAUGUGACUGGAUUUGGAAUACUGGGUCAUGCAGACAACUUGGCAAAGAUGCAAGAAAAACAAGUGUCAUUUGUGAUUCAUACUCUGCCUAUUUUCACUAACAUGGUAGCUGCCUAUAAGGCUUGUGGGAUCAAUUUUAAACUGCUUGAUGGCUACUCUGCUGAGACUUCAGGAGGACUGUUGGUGAGCCUUCCUCGUGACAAGGCUGAAGAAUACUGCCGUGAGCUGAAGAGUCUUGAUGGUCAUGAAGCAUGGAUCAUUGGAGAUGUACUUGCAGGUUCAAGGGAUGCAAAACUGGCUGAAAACUUAAAAAUACUUGAAGUUUAACUAUACACCUACCUAAAAAUCUCUGUCAAUGGUUAGCUACCAGAUGAGACUUUGGCAUUGCCAUAAUUUUGUAGUUUUUCUCAGCAUUUUGACUACACUAURAAAGUUGCUAUUUUUGUUGACCUUUACAAUUGAAUUUUACAUGCACACAUUAUCACUCUUUUAUAAGGCUAAAGUCUGAGCAGCUUUAGUACUUUCUAGGGUGGGAAGGGGAAAUAGAUUUUUCCUCUUAAAACUUGUUUCAUUGGUGCCAUUAUGAUACCAUAUCAGAAAACCAGCUGCUAGUUGUCCUGUUAUGGUGGAUGGAUUAUUACACAGGCAUCUUAUAAUAUCAAGUUUUAAAGUCACAGAAUCUAUACUGAAUUAAAAAGAUUAUUUAUCAUCCAUACAUGUGAAGGAGCAAAAUUAAUUAAGCAACCCAGAACUUGCAUCCAAGAGAUUUAGAUUUUUCAAAAUUAAUAAAUAACAUUUAUUGAAAAAGAA